CUGAUUUAAUUGGUCAACUAAGGUGACGCUCUCCUUUAACUUAUUGGUCGUUUUUCUCAGGUAAUCCGCUGCUAAGGAAGUGAUUUCACUGUGGUAAACAUUAUUGUGUUGCAACCGUCGAUCAACGGGGUGUGAAAUCAGCAUUCACAACAAAAUAAGGACAUUUAUAUUCAGGACAUAUUCGUUACGGUUGGAUCAAUAAAUAUCCAAGGAAGACGGGCGGUUGGGUUACGUGAGAAGUCGUUCGAAAGACGGUUGAGCAGCGCGUGAGGAACAUCAAUCGUAUUAGCUUAGCUUUUUGACUUCGGUGUUAGCUUAUCACGACGAUUCAUAUUUUAUAAUGCUUGAACACCUCACGACGUCAUGAAAAUAUAAUGAAUUCGUCGGUAUAUUCCCCAAAGUGGAUAUUUUGGGGCAAACUAAUGCAUUGAGAGACUCUGGAGCUAACUUGUUUUGGUAGCUGUGUGUCCUUUAAAUAGUUGACAUUUUACCACCCCGAGCCGGGCUACCUUAUUUUACGAUUUUGCUUCUAACAAGUUAGCUUAAACUGUAUUGAAUUAGGAGCGACAGUCUUCUUCAUUAAUUGCUGUCGAUUACGGUUUCUUACAAUGAACAACUGUGAGUACCAACAAAUAGACCCCCGGGCACUGAAAGCAUCUACCACCCGGACCUCCACCCUGUCCUGUGGGAGAAAAGGCUCCCAGCGCCUUCGAAGGAAAUGGGAAGUUUUCCCUGGAAAAAAUCGGUUUUAUUGUGAUGGACGUCUUAUGAUGGGGAGGCAAUGCGGUGUGCUUCCUCUGACCAUCGGCCUUAUUUUUAUCACCAGUGGCUUAUUUUUUACAUUCGAUUGCCCCUAUCUGGUGGAGAACCUUACCAUCUUAAUUCCAGUCAUUGGUGGGGUGUUAUUUGUAUUUGUGGUUAUCGCCCUCCUUCAAACCAGUUUUAUAGAUCCAGGGAUAUUACCAAGGGCUUUGCCAGAUGAGGCUGCAGACCUUGAGAGACAAAUCGAUAAUUCUGGAUCAUCAACAUAUCGUCCACCUCCUCGCACGAAAGAGAUUCUUAUAAAUGACCAGAUGGUCAAACUGAAGUACUGUUUCACUUGCAAGAUGUUUCGUCCGCCCCGGACAUCCCAUUGCAGUCUGUGUGACAACUGUGUGGAGCGAUUUGACCACCACUGUCCUUGGGUGGGAAACUGUGUUGGGAAGCGCAACUAUCGUUUUUUUUACACCUUCAUAGUGUCACUGUCCUUUCUGACAUCCUUCAUCUUUGGCUGCGUGAUCACUCACCUCACACUGCGAUCAAAUCGUGAGAACGGUAUCAUCCAGGCAAUACAAAAGAGUCCAGCCAGUGUUGCUGAACUAGUCAUUUGCUUCUUCUCCAUCUGGUCCAUUCUGGGUCUGUCAGGUUUCCAUACUUAUCUGGUGGCAUCCAAUCUGACGACCAACGAAGAUAUCAAAGGCUCUUGGUCCAGUAAAAGAGGGGAAGAAUCGGGAAAUCCUUACAGCUAUAACAACAUCUUCACUAAUUGCUGUGUAGUGCUUUGUGGCCCUUUGCCACCUAGCCUGAUUGACAGAAGAGGCUUUGUGCCUUCUGACGACACACCUCAGACAGUCACCUCUGAUACUGAACUGCCUCCUUUCAAGGCCAAAAAUGACACAAACAUGUGUUCAACAGAAGGCAGUCAGUCGUGCGGGAUUGGAAUGACAUUAGGGCGAGAUUGCUUAAAUCAAUAAGACGGAAAGGUCCCAAAUCCAUAUAGUGCCCAUGAGUACAGAACGAAUACUUUAACUAGUCCUGCAAACAUUAGAAGUUAACUUAGUUUAACCUCUCGUAGUAAUUUGAAGCCAAUAAUUCUGUCUAUUUUUAAAAUAGUGGCAUAAUUAUCAACCAAUGUGUGUGUACAUAACCACCGAAGACCCACGCAGGUGAAACCGUUUGAGUAUUUUUGACUUUUCAUUGGUUGGUUAAAGAUUGUUACUAAAGUGUUGUUGAGAGAAUAACUGUUGUAACCGAAACCUUUUGCCUUGAGAUUAACGGAUAACUAGUGAAGUUAUUUACAUCAGAAUGAUGAAAGCCAUUUAAUACACGACUCACGAGUCAUUUGACAGCAAUGUCUUGCACAUUUUAUUCGAGUUUAUCACUGCCAGAUGUGUUGGUGGGAUAUUUCAAGUAUACAUACUUCUUAAAAUGUUGUAUUUAUCUUUUUCAUAUCAAGGGUGUAUGUCAAAGUCCAUGAAGUAAUAAAUGUCUUUUUCACUUAUCUUAUUGUGGUCAAAACAAUGUUGUUUUUGGUAUAUCUAUUAGUAAUAAUAAUUAAAUGAAUCAAUAAUAAUGACUAAUUUAAUUAUAACACAAUUGUAUGUCAUGUACUAUUAUUUUUUUUUUAUAUAGACCUGCGCUUAUUUAUUCUAAACAGUAGAUGGCACAGUUUUCCACCUCUUUUGUACGCAUUACAUCAGGACAUUGAUUUUGGAGCUAUAGCCUGAUCAAAAUUUCUCAUUUAUAAUACUUGAGCUAUUUUGGACAUGUCAGAACUGGUUCCCUGUGCGUGCACAUUGCAAACUUUACUCGAAUUUAUCAUUUUUGCUGUACCACCGGGCCCUCAGGCUAACACUUUUUUUUCUGGUUUUAUGUAACUGAAUUGCAAAUGAAAAUUAAGGAAAUGCACAAGUGAGGUUUUUACAUCCUCUUUUUCUUACUGUAAACAAUUCUAGCCUGACAAAUUUCUUUUCAGAGCAAAUUAUGAAAAAAUGUUGGAAUGAUAGGGGAGAGUGAUAUGAACAAUAGUUUGAAUCUCUGCUUUUUGCAAUGCAUUAUGAGUAGCUUGCUAUUCACAUUUAAAGGAAUGUGGGUGGGUGCUGCGCACCUACUGAAAGAUUAAAAUGAUCAUGUAAUGUGA